UUUAACCUCUAAAUAAUACGUAAACAAAACAAACAAUUUUUAUGUUAAUUUUAAUAUGGCAGACAAAAAGAAAAAGGUUUUUAUGUCAAAGGAGUCUACCACUCCUAGACGUCCAGUUAUCUUGAAGUCUGACCGAGAAGCUUCUAAAGAACCAUCAAAGGAAAAGCAAGAAAUUCAGCCUACUAUAAUCCUGAAGACCAGAGAACAGAGUGCGCCUAAAGAGGACCGCCCUCAGAGUCCCAAGAACGUGAAGAGUACCUCUGAAAGUGAUGGUCCUCAUAUAAGUAAAAUCGCUCAAAAUGAGAACAAGGAAAAGAAGCAUUCAGAGUCAAAACCAGUACCACCGUUGAAGCAAAUGACAGAACCUAUAAAACUUCUUGAUGAAAAUUUUGAGUUCAAUAAUGCGGCACUUGAGUUCCUCCAUGACUCCAGCACCAAUUAUUUAGUUGUUGGGAUCAUAGGUACCCAGGGAGUGGGAAAAUCAAUGAUACUUAACCUCAUUGCGCAAAACUCUCACACAUCGGAGCUCUGCUCUGAAAUACUUCGGUCCCAUGAGUUACCUGCGGAGAUCACAUAUGAAAGCAAUGAUAUUGGGGCUUUAGAAAGCCAAAUGGAGAAUUUAGAUUUUGCCAGGGAUGUAGAAGAAAAAAAAGGGAAAAGUGGCAGUCCAUUCAAGUUUAAAAUGCAGGAUAUUGAGCAAAUUGAAAGAGGAGUUCAUUGUACAAAAGGUGUAGACAUGUACAUAACAAACGAUCGCGUCAUACUGCUAGACUGUCAAGCGCUGUGGUCUCCGUCGUCGCUUAUUGACGAGUCCAACGCGAACCCAAUCACGGCGAGGAGUGCGAAUGUGGUCACCGUCGACUGCCUGCAAGUGGCUUCCUACCUGAUGGCGAUAUGCCACAUACUCAUAACUGUACAGGACUGGUUUGCUGACUACAACUUCAUAAGAUAUAUCCAAACAGCAGAGAUGCUGAAGCCGUCGUUGUCCGCGUCAAGCACACCGGCCGCCCAGGAAGGGUCAGAGUCCACGAACACUGGAGAAAGCCAUCCCCACUUACUGCUUCUUCAUAACAGGUGUCAACUUGAGGAUUAUACGCCGGAAGCUGUUAGGACUAUGCAGGAACUCUAUAGAAAAGCCUUCCAAAGGUCCAACCUGCAACUUAACUCCGGAAUGUACAUGUACAGUGACUCAAACAAGAACGGAUUGAAUGUGGAUAAGGUUUGUAAAAACUACAGCAAUGAUGCUUGCGGCUCACCCAUCAAUCUGUUCCUGCUGCCAGAAAUCUAUGAUGACUAUGAUAACCGAGAAAUCUAUCGAGGACAUCCGUCGUUCGAACAAUUAGCCAAACGCUUGCGUUGGAUGGUGCUAGGCGUAAACAGGCAUCAGAUCACAAAUGUUGCCAACCUCUCCGAGCGUGGCUGGUUCCACUACUGCAACAAGGCUUGGGAAACCAUAAAGAAGUGCACAUUCUUCAUGGAAUAUGAGAGGUUUUUACCGUGAACUCAUCAAGCGCCCUAUCAGGACUAACUUGCCUAGAUUACACACCUGCAGAUAACGGAGCAGGUGUACAAAUGAUAACGCAAUUACAGUCGAGAUAUUUUAUUCUUAAUCAACUGCCGAGUAAUGCUAUAUUAUUAUACAUAAGGAAUUGACUGUCAUUGGUUAUUGGACCCAAUAAAGGUAUUUGAAACUA